CAGUGUGCACUAGUGCAAGCGCCCGAAUUCGCUAUUAGUUUUCUCUCUGCUUCAUGAUAUCGCCUGACAUUUGGCAAAGAUGGCGGCGAAUGGUGGUGUACGUCCCCUGCUCCUUACAGUUCUAUGUACUUUUUUCUUGAGACUAUGCAACGGCGCAGCGACGGACAUUAAAUUGGACGCCAAAGCACAGCUGUUGCACCGGCUCGACAGCCUCAAUCUUCUGCUCUACACGUUUUUAUUGAUAUUAACCGUUUUAACGAUAUGGAUGUUCAAGCACCGCCGCUUGAGGUUCCUCCAUGAAACUGGUUUGGCUGUCAUCUAUGGUUUGAUCAUAGGAGCGAUAAUACGUUAUGGGUUCACAACAAGCAGCACUAUUUUGCAUAUGCCAGUGGUUCCGGAUAUUUCCAGCAAAUAUAAUCAGUCUGUACCACCGGAUACGUUGUGGUUACGUUUCCCAGAAGACAAAGGUGGCGGUAUCGUAAAGAACAAAACGUUUGCGUACUCGUUUCGCGGCGAAAUCUACAAGGAAGAUAACGAAAUUGAUUUGAAGGCAACUUUCGAUCCUGAAAUAUUUUUCAAUAUCAUAUUACCUCCCAUUAUCUUCCAUGCUGGUUACAGCUUGAAGCGUAGAUACUUCUUCAGAAAUCUGGGUGCGAUUCUUAUGUAUGCUUUGAUAGGAACCUCCAUAUCAGCUUUUGUUAUUGGAGCUCUGAUGUACGGUUUUAUACAACUGAUACCACAUCUCUCCACGUCAUUUACGUUUCUGGAUACUCUGUAUUUCGGCGCAUUGAUAUCCCCUACGGAUCCUCUGACAAUAAUAUCCAUCUUUAAUGAUCUACAUGUAGACGUUAAUCUGUAUGCUUUGGUGUUCGGCGAGAGUGUGCUAAACGAUGCGGUCGCCAUUGUACUUAGUGGUUCGAUACAGAACUACGCGGAGCGGUACCAGUCAGGAUCGGGCGGUUUCGAGACCGUGGCGUUCUUCCAGGCAUUUGGAGACUUCGUUGAAAUAUUCAGUCUAUCCCUUUUUAUCGGUGCUACUAUGGGGUGUAUCACCGCGUUGUUGACCAAGUUCACCAGGGUGCGAGACUUUCCUCUGUUGGAGUCAGCGUUAUUCGUCCUAAUGUCCUACAGUACGUUUUUAAUCGCCGAAGCUACCGAUCUUACAGGCGUUGUUGCCGUUCUCUUCUGUGGAAUAUGCCAAGCUCAUUACACGUACAACAAUCUGAGCCCGGACUCGCGUCAGCGCACGAAACAGCUGUUCGAGCUGUUGAAUUUCUUGGCCGAGAAUUUCAUAUUUAGUUACAUCGGUGUCUCGAUGUUCACCUUUCCGAAACAUCAUUUCGAUCCUGGCUUUAUCUUCGCAGGAUUUUUGUGCGCGUUACUGGGUCGCGCGGCUAACGUUUAUCCGUUGUCUUUUAUAUUAAAUCUGGCGCGAAAGCCAAAGAUAUCAUUGAACUAUCAGCACAUGCUGUUCUUCGCAGGAUUGCGUGGUGCCAUGAGCUUUGCUCUUGCCAUCAGGAACACCGUAUCGGACGCCAGACAAGCUAUGCUGACCACGACUAGCUUGAUUGUUAUAUUGACAGUUAUUUUUCAAGGUGGCGCAACAACACAAUUUUUAAGCUGGUUUAAUAUUCCAGUCGGAGUAGAUGAGGAAAUAGAAGGACUUUCUCAUAAUGGAACGCGCAGUGUAAGUAUGAUAAUUUGUAUGUUUAAUCGUGUUCUCUAUGCUAUC